ACAGAGUCACGCAAAACUCCACUCGAGUUUAAUUUGGGGUCAGUUGCGCAAACCUUGUCGGUAGGACUAGAGUUCUCCCUCGACAUUUUCAUCGCAUUUCAGUUCCUUUGGUAAGUAGUUGAAAAAAAAAUUCAUUGAUUGCACGUCCUCAAAUUGGGUGAAACACAGUUGAAAUUAUUUAGUAGGUCGGACAUUUUGGAGAUUUUGAUGGUAUUGUGAGACCUCUUUGAACCAUGUCUUCGCGAAUAUCAAUCGCUGAGAUUUCGCUGUUGUCAAAUGCCCGACGACCGUGACUUUCUCGAAUUUAAUCGAUAGAUCGAUAGAAACUGUCCCAGGUACGGCAAUUUCGUUAGCUUUACAACCUACAUUAUUUUGCGAAUCGCUUGAAAUUUCCAAAACGAGAAUCUGAUACUUUCAAGAAGUACGAAACAACGUUGCAAUAGGAAAUUUGUGAAAAUCUCCGAUUGCCGGGAACUUUAUUCGUCCGUUAUAGGACCGUGUGCGGUUGUAGGGUAUUUAGCCACAGCAAUACUAGCUGUUAUCGUCGAAAAGUCGUUCAACCGAAAAUGCUAAAUAUUUGCAUUUAUUCUAGUUUUCCUUUGAUUUGUAAUGAAAUGCAAACCGACAAGGCCGCACAUGAUUAUGUUCUGCACGGUUUUGCCGACGUAUAUGUCCUUUUCGAUGACAUUCGAACGACGUAUCGCUGGUUCGUAUCUCUGAUUUUCACGCCUGAACACACAUGCUUGACAACACUGGUGUAAGAAAGGGUUUUUGCACAAAUAUUUACUUUCUCUAAUUACCAAAGAGUUUAGAAACCGAAUAGAUGUGACGCACCAAAAGCAGGAAUCUUGCUUAAAAGCACGUACAGGUGAAUUUUAUCUUGGCUAUGAAUUUUCUGAAUACUCGAGCAACGAACGUAAGACACUUCAGUGAUAUGUAAUAAUUUCUUUGGUCACUCUUUAAAAUUUUCAAAGUCAGCAGCGACCAGAUUCGCUCUGACGAAGGGCUAAUAAAAAGCUCGUAACGUCAGCUUUUAAACUCUUUAAUUACAGUGGCCAAAGUUGAUAAUACUAAAUCACCGUUUUAUGACUUUUAAACUCUUCCACCGACGCAGCACCACAGUUUGUUUAGAAAUUUGUCCCCUUUAUUCACUUAGCAACCAGAAUGGGUCGUCGCGAUGUACCGGGAGCGUUUUUGCUUCCUCUGGUGUGCAUCAUAGCUGUUAUAUCCGGGUAUCCACGCAUAUUGCAGGCUUGGCUGCUAAGCCGAAGGACGUUUUGGAUACGUUGGAUCUGACUAAUUUCGGUGUAAAAACUCUUCUUGUAUAUUGGAGUCUGUUCCGUUACAAUUAAAGACUUUGCGACACUACAAAUUGGCGACGAGGAUAAAAGACAAUCGGAUAACACGCCAAGAUGAGUUUUGAAAGGUUUUCGUUGUCACCAGUUAAUUUAGAGGCGACAAACUUGGCGGAUGAGUGGAAGUUUUGGCUCGAUGCUUUCGACAACUACCGAAUUGCUACGAAAUUAGAUAAGGAAAGCGACGACGUUCAAAAGCUACUCUUCUACAUCUUGCGGGGACGGGAGUCCAGCGUUUGCUCUCAGGUUUGCCGGGAGAGAACAAGAAAUUUGAGGAAGUUAAACAAGCGUUGAGUGCACAUUUUCAGCCGAAGAGAAACAAGUGGGCAGAGAGGCACAAGUUUCGAAAACGUGCUCAACUUCAACAUGAAUCACUUGAUACCUUCAUUGCAGAGUUACGUAUGCUGAGUUUAACAUGCGACUUCGGGGAAGCAAAUGAUGAUAAUAUUCUUGGUCAAGUUAUAGAGAAGUGUUCUGACGGAUAUCUACGAGAAAAGCUACUACAACAAGGAGAGACUCUUACACUGGAAAAGCCCAGACGCUCGGGAGAGCAAUUGAAUCUGCAAAGAAGGAUACACAGCUACUUGGGGGUCACGGGGCCCAAAACGUUCCUGGAAAAUCUGAUGUUAAUGUGGUAAGAUUUUCAGUAAAAAAAGCGAAAGAAAAGCCUGCUUUCGCUGUGGAAAAACGGAUCAUCUUGCUAAUAACGAAAGGUGCAAAGCUAGGAAUGCACAGUGCAUAAAAUGUAAGAAGACUGGUCACUUUUGGAAAUAUUGCAGAUCAAGAGAAUCAGAGAAUAAAGAAGAUGUAAAGUUUGUCCAGCCAGUCCAGCAUCAGUCAGAUAAGUCUAACCCUGAAUAUGUUUUGUAUACUACUAAUAAUGAGGGGCUGGGUGUUGAAACUGAUGUCGAAAUCAAUGGUAAACUUGUUCAAAUGAUGAUUGACACUGGCUGUGCUAAAACCUUGAUCCCGAAACAGUGGUUUAGAAACAACCUGAACAUUCCUCUUAACCCAACCAAUGUCAAGUUCUCAGCUUUUGGUGGAGGAGACCUCAAGUGUUUAGGAGUAUUUGAUGCUAAACUGAGAUGCAAUAAGAUGGAAGUAAUGGAGCCAGUGUAUGUGAUCGAUGUGGAAGGUCCCCCUGUUGGGAAGAAGCGCCCUGUCCACCCUCAACCUUGUAAAAAUCCAUGCAGUAGGGGAGAGCCCAACCAAGGCGAGGGAGAAGAUCUAUCAGGAGUAUGAAAAUCUCUUCAAGGAAGAGCUCGGAGACUUUAAGAAUUAUGAGUACAAAAUUAAAAUCAAUUCAGAUGUCCCUCCCAAGGUACAAAAACAAAGGCCAGUCCCUGCACCCUUAGAGGAUAAAGAGCUUCUGAGUAAAGCACCAUGCCUUGCACACUACUCAUUGGAAGCCGAGACCAAACUUGUAGUAGAUGCCAGCCCAGUCGGUCUUGGGUGUGUCUUGCUGCAAAAUGUUGACAGCCGUUGGCAGCCCAUAUCUUAUGCGUCCAGAAGUCUAACUGCUGCAGAGAAGAGAUAUUCGCAGAUCGAACGAGAGGCAAUGGCUGUGCUGUUCGGAUUGCAGAAGAUGCAUUCUUACAUUUAUGGUCGCCACGUUGUCGUCUCGACUGAUCAUAAACCACUACUUGGCGUAUUCAAUAAAAACACUCAAUCAAUUCGCCUGGAACGGAUCGCUUUGAGAUGUCAGGACUAUGACUUCACACUCACUUAUGAACCUGGAUCUGAGAACAUUGCAGAUGGACUGUCAAGAUUACCUUUGAACGCUACUGUUACAGAAACAAGUUUUGUUGAGGAGCAUGUACACUUUGUCAAAAGUGCUGAUGCUUUGCUCUCAAUUGAUGAAAUAAAAGAGGCUGGAGAGUCUGACCCUGAAUUACUAGAGGUGGUGAAGGUACUUGAUGGAACCCAGAACCUGGUAAAUAAUAAAUGGAAACAUUUUAAAGAUGAACUGAGCUUUGCACAGGGCCUACUGUGGCGAGGUCGACGAAUUUAUGUUCCUGAGAAGUUGAGAAAAAGGCAUUGACCUUGGCACAUGAGGCUCAUCAGGUAUUGUGCGUUGCAAGCAACGCCUUCGUAGAAUUCUGUUCUGGCCGGGGAUGGACUCUGAUGUUGAAGACUACUGCCGAAAUUGCGAGACUUGUGUGCGCCUUCAGCCACUACGACGAGACACACCUAAUACAGCAACCCCUCUUCCCGAUUACUGCUGGGAGAAGUGUGCCCUUGACCUGGUGGGUCCAUUUCCUGGAGAGAUCUACAUCAUGACUGUUGUUGAUUACAGAAGCAAGUGGCCCGAGGCUAUUGUUCUUAAGCGUAUUACAAGUGAGAGUAUAGUCACUGCACUUGCAGAUAUAUUUGCACGAUUUGGAAAUCCAAAAGUUCUGAUCACGGACAAUGGACGUCAGUUCGUAGCUGAGGAAUUCCAAGACUUCAUGAAGGCAAAUGGAAUACAGCACAGAAGAGUAUCACCCUAUUUUCCACAAGCAAAUGGGCAGGUCGAAAGAUUUCAUAGGUACCCCAAAGCACAGUAUCAGAGCAGCAGAGUUAGAUGGUCUAUCCUGGACAGAGGUUCUGCCCACAAUCCUGCAAGUUUACAGAUCCACUCCACAUGCCGGGACUAACAUGACCCCGGCUAAACUGUUUCUCAACAGAGAGAUAACAACAAAGUUGCCAACAGUACCAGAAAUGGAUCAGAACAACCCUGAAGAGAGGUACAAGGAAUACCAGAGGAAGUUAUGUGAGUAUACUGAUGCCAAGCGACAUGCACAACAACAUAACCUAGUACCUGGGGAUAUUGUAUUUGUAGCAAAUACAAAAUCUGGAAAAUUGAUUCCCACGUUUGGUCAUCAGAAGUAUGUCAUUGUUCGUAGCAAAGGACCAGAUACUUUUGAACUUGUCAAUGCUGAGACUGGACAACAUCUCACUCGUAAUGUGAAGUUUCUUAGUAGAGUUCCACGCAUGGAGCUACCAGUUAAGGAUGACAAUGACAACGGCUGCUUGGAGUCGGAAGAGUUCGCUGGGGCAGCGAUGCCUCCUUUGGAUCAACUCGGAUCUACAGUCUCGGAUGAUAGGAAUCCCGCAGAUAGUGGUCCUCCCGACUCAGCAAUGGAAUUGAGACGUUCAACUCGAACACCAAAGCCAAAGAGAGAUCCUGACUUUGUUUAUGACUAGAACAUUGUUUUAGUUCUUCUAUGUUAAGUUGCGUUGUUAGAAUGGACUUUGAACUUUAAAUAGGUUAGGAUGGGAUGUUAUAUCCGGGUAUCCACGCAUAUUGCAGGCUUGGCUGCUAAGCCGAAGGACGUUUUGGAUACGUUGGAUCUGACUAAUUUCGGUGUAAAAACUCUUCUUGUAUAUUGGAGUCUGUUCCGUUACAAUUAAAGACUUUGCGACACUACAAUAGCCAUCUUUCACAUUGAUCAAGUGAAGGCAGAAGUUCGUUUGCCCUGUGGCAUGGUUAAAGACUGGUUUCCCAGUGGUACAAAGCCUCAGAAUUCACAGCCCCCUUAUUUGCUGCAUAUAACUGAUCCGGAUGGGCGGUCGGUUUACAAUAACCUCUACAUGGAUAAACCUCAUUAUGGACCAGGGCAGAGGACAUACACAAGUGAGUAAACUUAUUUUUUAUUUCUUUGCAUGUUUCUAGGAUCAGAUAAAUAUCGUUUGAAUAACUUCCUCUUAAACAUAAUAGAAUUGCCAAUUUUAAACCUUUUCAGAAGCCUAAUAUAACUAAAUUUUUCAAUGAGCAAAUCCAACACUAAUGUUUUUUUAAUGGCAUUUGUUGAUAUUAUCACUUUGUCUUGACCCAUCAAGGGUAUGGUUAGAUGUACACUAAUCCCCAACCCCCUCACUUGCACUCUUGCCUUUGGAGGGAAAUUACACAGCCCUCCUAGAUGGUGAAAGGGGGGGGGCGUAUCUUUUUGCGCUAAUCACCAAUAAAUUUUGAACUCGCUCUAAAAUGGAACUAGGUGAUUAGAAAUGAAAUUAACAAAACUAAGAAUAGGGGCGUAGUUAGGGAGAGGUCCUGAGUGCCGGUGAAAACACCCCACUUUCCAAGGAGGAGAUUUUUUUUUAAUUCAACAACUCACAAACCAUGCAAUUCAGGAGGCAAAAGUGCCUGAGUGCCGGUGAAAACACCCCCCUUUCCAAGGAGGAGAUUUUUUUUUAAUUCAACAACUCACAAACCAUGCAAUUCAGGAGGCAAAAAGUUGCAAAUUCGAAGAAUUUACACUUUAUGAAAACAUCACUUUUAUUAAAACACAGCGUGGAUGUAGACAUGACAUUAGGGAAGGAAGCCUCGGUGUAACAUAGUGUGACCCCCUGCUUCCUCGCCCCCACGAAAGAAUUCUAGCGACGUCCUAGUGAUCGUAAAUGAUUGAAAAAUAUUUGCUAAUGUAAAGUUUUGUUUCUUGUUUCUCUCUAGUAACGCUGAAUGGAACUCGCUCCGGUAAUAUGACACAGAAUUUCACGGGCUUCAUGCUUUAUGCCUACAAUGAGUUCGAUGACGAGGACAGUGGGGACUUUUUGUCCCCGCUACCUGCUGGAGUGUCCAAGAGGGAGUGUCUCUUCAAUGACACGGGACAAUUUGUGAGUAAGGCUCACUCAAACAGCGAGGACCGUUGGCAAAGUCUUGAGAAAUUCUAACUAGAGUAUGAGAGCAUGUAUUUUGUAGGUAUAAGCAAAGUUCAUGAUUUGAUUUGGAAACAGAGAGCGAGAUUUUGGCUCCCCUUUUCAGUGUCUUGGAUCAUUUGUAUUUUUCUUUUUUUCAUUCGUGACCUAGCGCUGUUCGAUCGAUUGAAUGCUAAUAUGUUUGAGGGCACAGAGCGAUGAUGCCCUCCCGUCAUUUUUCAGUGGCCUCUUUCUAAAUUUUCUGGAAUAGGCUUCUGGAUCUGGAAAUUUAUUGUUAUAACCAGAUUUGAUCGGGAAACUUACCUGAUCUCCUAUACUUUUACAAAACUACGUGGAAUAUUUCAUCAAACGUCGAAAUUAGAACAGUUAUCACGUUAAAAAAUUCCCUUCCUUUGAAAAAUCGCCAAGAACCCUAAAAUAGGUUAAAUUAAUUACAAAUUUUCGAAGUUUCCUAUUUUUUCCUCCUAACUCACGACCCGCUUCAUUUAUUAGCUUUUUGCUUUUUACAAUUUUUAGAUCGAGGCGCUUGAAAACUCAACAAACAGCAUGUACUGGCAUAGCAUUCAGAUCAAAUGGAGGUUGCCCAAGGAAAGCAUAUCUGGAAAAAUCACCAUAAGGUAUUUUAACGAUAUUUCCCUUUUCCCCGAGAUGCAGUUAUUUAAACCUAACCAUAUCAUCAAACUUUGGGGCUCCUGAUCAGAAUAAAAAACCUCGCUACAAUUCAACGUUUCCGUGGCCGGAGUAUUUCAGGAAAACACAGCAGUGCCCGUGGCUGACUUCGUGUGCCGGACAACGGUUGUGCCCUUGAUUAUGUUGUUGUGUUACUCACGGUAGAGGUGUAGCUACCCAUAACCAAACAGACCACAUCGAAAAAACACUUGGUUUGUCUUCACAGCAAACUCUUAUGAUUUGUAAAGAGAAGGAGAGGAAGGUUGUGCCUACCCUAAAAAAAAAAGACCUUUGCGCGCCUCAAUCUUGCACGCAACAUUUUCAUCACUUUGUCUCCCCCGCAUAAGAGAUAUCAGUGGGUGAAGGAAAUAUUACGAUAAAAAUUCUAUGUAGUUCUAAGGUACAGUUGCAUAGUUAUAUUCCUAAUAAAAUUAUUUCAGUAUUUAUUGUUAUGUUCUUUUCAUCGUCACCAGCGCCAGCGUGGUUAAGGAGGAUGGCAUUUUUUGGGAUGGAAUCAGUGUGACCCUUAGCCGUAAGUGUCACGCCUAACACAAGCUAAAGGUCUUUGCUGGUUCCCUUCAGAUUCUCACUGUCGUAGCAUUCGUGUAAUUUUAUUUCCUUCUUAUAUUUUCAGAAGUUUGCCCAGGGCACGUCUGUCAUCUUGGUUGCCCCAACGGUCUCGCUAGAAACAAAUAUGGAUGUAUUAUUUGCGAAUGUGCAGGUUAGUAUGGACUGCAAGAAUCACCCAGGCCGCUGA